AACUUAUGUUGGAAAAAGCACAAACAAGUGUAGUUCCAAUAUGGGAACACCAUCAAAGUUGGGGCAAUGUCCCCUUCUUGUUUAUGCUUUUGCAUUUUGCUUGAUAGCCACUGGCGUAGCGGCUGAUUAUGAGCCUCACAUUCAUGAUUCAUCAUCUUUGUCACACCGUUAUAAGUCCCGAAUGCCUCCGCCACCUUCUCCGCCACGUCCUUACUAUUAUAAAUCACCUCGAUAUCGAAUCCGUGUACCUUAUCCAUAUUACUACAAAUCUCCACGACAACCAAUCCGUUAUCCUUAUCCAUAUCAUUACAAAUCUCCGCCACCGCCUCCUCCAUCUCCUCGAAAACCUUAUCAUCGUAAAUCACCACCACCACCACCACCAAUUCGUUCUCCUCGUCCAUAUUAUUACAAAUCUCCACCACCGCCUUCUCCAUCUCCUCGGACACCUUAUUACCGUAAAUCACCACCACCACCACCAAUUCGUUCUCCUCGUCCCUAUUAUUACAAAUCUCCACCACCACCUUCUCCAUCUCCUCGAACACCUUAUUACCGUAAAUCACCACCACCACCGCCACCAAUUCGUUCUCCUCAUCCAUAUUAUUAUAAAUCUCCACCACCGCCUUCUCCAUCUCCCCCGCCACCUUAUUUCCCUAAAUCACCACCACCACCACCACCAAUCCAUUCUCCUCAUCCAUAUAAGUCUCCACCACCACCUUCUCCAUCUCCACCUCCACCUUAUUACACUACAUCACCACCACUACCAAUCAUUUCUCCUCCACCGCCAUAUUAUCACAAAUCUCCACCACCGCCUUCUCCAUCUGCACCGCCUCCAUCUCCAUCUUCAUUGCCGUCACCUUCGAUUACACCUAUCGCUGAACCAUUUCCAUCUCCGAUGGUGCCACCACCAUUGACUACACCUAUUUCUGAACCAUCUCCAUCUCCAUCUCCAUCUCCAUCUCCAUCCCUGCUAGCACCGUCGAUUACACCUAUCGCUGAACCAUUCCCAUCUCCAUUUCCGCUAGCACCAUCGACAACCCCUAUUGUUGAACCCUUUCCAUCUCCAUUGCCGCCAAUUGCUGAACCAUUUCCGUCACUAUCGCCUUCACCAUCACCAAUUACACCUAUCGCUGAACCAUUCCCAUCUCCAUUUUCGCUAGCACCAUCGACAACCCCUAUUGUUGAACCCUUUCCAUCUCCAUUGCCACCAAUUGCUGAACCAUUUCCAUCGCUAUCGCCUCCACAAUCACCAAUUACACCUACCGCUCAACCAUUUCCAUCUUUAUCUCCUCCUUCACCAUUAAUUGCACCUACUGAUGAACCAUUUCCAUCUCCAUUGCCGCCUGCAUCUCCUCCUUUGUCUCUACCUAUUUCUCCAUCUCCACCACCUCCAAUAAAGACCCCCCUUCCUCCAUUGGUGUCUCCACCUCCACCAUGCUACACUAAAUAUCCUCCCCCACCAUCUUUGUUCCAUCUUCCACUACCACUUCCCUUUAAUCGACCUCCACUUCCACCAUCUAAUUGUAUGCCUCCCCCACCAUCUCCACUAUGUAAUAAUAAAUCUCCACCCCCACCAUCUUUUUUCCAUAUUUCUCUACCUUUUCCCUUUAGUCGACCUCCACCUCCAUCAUCGAAUUGUAUCUCUCCUCCACCACCAUAUCCAUUAAAGUCUCCACCUCCACCUCCACCUCCACCACCUCCUUCUCCAUCUCCCCCACCUCCAAUAAAGCCUCCGCCUCCUCCUUCAAAGUCUCCACCUCCACCACCACCUUCUCCAUCUCCCCCACCUCCAAUAAAGCCUCCGCCUCCUCCUUCAAAGUUUCCAUCUCCCCCACCUCCAAUAAAACAUCCGCCUCCUCCAUCAAAGUCUUCACCUCCACCACCUUCUUCAUCUCUUCCACCUCUAAUAAAGUCUCCGCCCCCACCAUCAAUAUCUCCACCUCGACCACCUUCGGUAAAUUCCCCACCUCCCCCAUCAAAGUCUCCACCUCCACCUCUCGUAAAGUCCCCGCCUCCACCAAAGUCUUUACCUCUUUCACCACAGCCACCUUCUCCAUCUCCCCCACCUCCGAUAAAGCUUCUGCCUCCCCCACCCCCACCUUUAGUAAAGUCUCCACCUCCUCCACCUUCGAUAAAGUCUCCACCUCCUCCAUUUUCAAUAGUUCUUCCACCAUUGCCACGAAUACCUCUUCCACGCCUACCCCCAUUGCUACAAAUACCUCUUCCACGCCCACGUAUGCCUUUUCAUCAAGCACCCUAGAGCCACAACUCGCCUCCACUACUAUUGAAAUUUCAUGGUUAUCAAUAUACAUCCUCCUCCUCCGUCACAUAAAAAAAAGUUUAAGUUACAAUAAUUGCAUGAUAUUGCAUUUUAUCUCAUUCGAAAUGUGUAAUCAAUUAGUGUUUCUCUUUUGAGAGAUUUGCUUAUUGAUAUUGUAAUGAUUUUUGUUUUCUAAUUUAGUGUAUAAAUAAAAAUGAUUCGAAUGAGAUUCGGCUUCGACUGUAUUGGUGUUAAAUAAAAAUGAUUCGAAUGAAAUUCGACUUCAACUGUA